AAAUGGCAAAAGGUACAAAAAAACCCCUCAGGUUUCACCAAAAGAUCAAGACAGCCCCUAAACUCUUUUUGGGGUCAAGACAGCCCCUUAAGUUUAUUUUAGGGACAAAAAACCCCCUCCGUCCCUAUCCUUCCGUUUAUUCGCUGACGUGUCCGUUAAACUAACUGCCUCUGUCAUCUCACGUUAAUGAAUUGCUGACAUGGCACAGUGAUGAAUGCUCUGUCAGCAAAUUUAUUACCGUUUGGUAAUAAAUUCAAGAAAUCAAAAUCCCUAACCUCUAAUAUUUCUCAACCACCAUUGUUAAAGUUUCAAGUUUUUACCCUAAAGUGACAAUAAACAAUCAAUAGAAGGUCAGUUGGAGGAAUAUUCUUGCUGUGACAUUAUUCCUGGUGUGACCCUACAUGAGCGUGUAAAAGGUAAGGUUUUUUGUUCGUUUUCUUUGUUUAAUGCUUAAAGAUCUGGGUUUGUGGGGUAGUGGUAAUAAAUUAAUCAGAAAAUGCCAAGAGAUGUACGGCUGUUCAUUAAAAAAUUGUAGAAAAUUCAUGUUGGGCUUUUUAGGGUUUAUGUGAACUGUAAUUGAUUUGGGGCUUUUAUGGAAUGAGAACUGUAAUUGAUUUGGGGCUUUUUAGGGUUUUGUGUAACAUUGAUUCAGGGCUUUUAGGGCUUGUGUAAAGUUGAUUUGGGGAUACUUAGACUGAUUGUGUGUUUUAGGACUGUUAGGGUUUAUACAUGACUGAUUUGGGGCUUUUAUGUUUAAUUGAUUUAGGGCUCUAUUGCAUUCUUGAUCUUUUGGGCUGAUUUGAAAAUGUAUAUGCUUUGUUGUUUCAGAAUGGUGAAAAUUAUAGAUGUUUGCUUCCAUUUUGGUGGGAGAUGGAGUAACAAUCCAGACUUUUGCUAUGUGGAUGAUGAGACUGAGUUCAUACCCAAUUUUGAUGCAGACUUCCUAGCUCUCACUCAUAUUAGAGCUAAGUACACUGAGGACCUUGGUUUCCCUAAUGUUCAAAAAAUUUUCUUUUGCCUUAAUGAGAAGCCCCUAUCAACCCAUAUGUUUCUGGCCCAGUCAGAUGAUGACAUCCUUAAAAUUGUGAACAAGAAAAAGGAUCGUAUUAGGCUGGAUAUUUAUGCUGAUCACGAUAUUGAUAAUCCACUUAUAAUUGAAGAUAUUCCAAGACUGAAUUGGCAUGAUUCUGAUGGAGAUGAUGUGAGUGUUGAUGGUGAGUGUCAGGUACAUGUGGGUGAAAAUGGUGAUGGUGAGGGUGACAGGGGGCCAAGUGCAGUUGAUGUUGAGGAAGCUACUAAGGGUGAGGCAGUUAUUAUAAGUGAGACAGAGGGUGACAAUGGGACUGAGAUUGAGAGUGUGCCUGAUGUUGAGAGUGAGCCAGAGGAUUCUAUGCCUGAGGUUGAGAGUGUGCCUGAUGUUGAAGCUGAUGGUGAUGAGUUUGAGGCUGGAAAUGAGUAUGAUGCAGGAAAUGAGUCUGAGGCUGGAAAUGAGUAUGAUGCAGGAAACGAGUCUGAGUCUAAUGCUGAGAUUGAGUCUGAUGAGUCUGAGACUGAUGCUGAGGUUGAGGAUGAGUCAGAAAGUGAUAGUGAUGAAUCUAAUGCUGAGGUGGCAGAACAAGGGUCAGAAAGUGAGAGUGAUGAGUCAGCUAAUGAUGAAGGUCAUAGGUCAGAUGGAAAUGGCUCAACUUAUUAUUCAAGUGAUGAUCUAGGGUCAUAUGAGAUAGCAGGCAGUGGUAGUGAAGAGGACGAUGCAAAAAGAAGGAAAAGUGGAAAAAGGAAGUAUAGCCAUAAAACAGUCAGUGAUCUUGCUUUAGGAAUGACUUUUUCUGAUGCCAAAGAGGUUAGGAAAGCAAUAUCAAACUACUCAGUGACACAUGGGAAGCCAGUGAAGUUCAUAAAAAAUGAACCAGAUAGAGUCAGGGUUAAAUGUGUAGAACAAAACUGUCCAUUUCUUUUGUUAGCUAGCAGACCAAACAAGGAUGAAAGGAUGGAGAUCAAGACACUAAUACUGGAUCACAAAUGUGGUAGGAAGUUUCAGAACAGAAGUGCAAGCUGCAGAUUUGUUGCUGAACAUUUUGCAAGAAUUCUCAAAAUGAAUCCUUCGAUGAAGGCAAAAGAUAUAAAGAAACAGUUGAAGGAGGAAUAUAGGGUGAAUGUGUCACAAGGCAUAUGCAAGAGAGCUAAGAGGAAGGUAUUGACAGAUAUCAAUUCCAAUUACAUAACUGAGUUUGCAAGGCUUGAUGCUUAUGCAGGAGAGCUUAGAAGAACAAAUCCUGGGAGCAAAGUGGAGGUUGAACUUUGUCCAAUUAGGCUGAGAGAUGGCAAAAGGGUUUUUAGGAGGCUGUUCAUAUGUUUUGAAGCUUGUAAAAGAGGCUGGUUGAAUGGAUGCAGACCCAUCAUUGGCAUGGAUGGUUGUUUUCUUAAAGGGGUGACCAAGGGAAUAUUGUUAUGUGCUGUUGGUAAGGAUGGGAACAACCAUAUGUUCCCAAUUGCUUGGGCCAUUGUGGAUGUGGAGGACAAAGACAACUGGAGAUGGUUUUUACACUGCCUAGUUGAAGCUCUGGAUUUGAAGAAUGGUGUGGGAUUGACAAUCAUCUCUGAUAUGCAGAAGGGUUUGGUGACUGCUGCCAAAGAGGCAGUCCCAGAAGCUGAACACAGAUGGUGUGCAAGGCAUGUCUAUGCAAAUUGGAGUAAGGACUGGCGAGGAGGUGAAUUGAAGCAAAAAUUUUGGGCUUGUGCUUGGAGCACAUAUGAAGAGGAGUUCAUAGAUAAUUUGAAUAAAAUGGCUGCUGACCAUGGUGAUAGGGCUGCUGGGGAUUUGAUGAAAUACACUCCCACUGCUUGGUCCAAGGCUUACAUCAGUGCAAGGUGCAAAUGUGAUAUGGUAGACAACAAUGUCGCAGAGACAUUCAAUUCCUGGGUGAAUGAAUUCAGGGACAGACCACCAAUUACACUGCUUGAAGAGAUUAGGAAGAAGGUCAUGACUAGGAUAGCUCACUACAAGAAUUUCACAAGCACAUGGCAAGCUGACUUCUCACCAGAUUGCUUGGGGUCAUAUGAGUGCAACUUCUUACUGAGUGCUGAAUGUGAGAUACUGUUUAAUGGAGAUGAUGGCUAUGAGGUCAGCCAUGGUGAUGACCAACACAGUGUUUCAUUUUCUAGAAGGUCUUGCACUUGUAGAUUAUGGGAUAUUAGUGGGAUACCAUGUGCUCAUGCAAUUGCAGCCAUAUACCAUGCUGGUGGAAACCCUUUGGAAUACAUUUGCAAUUGUUUCAACAAGACUAUGUUUCAGAAUGCAUACCAAUUUUCCUUACAGCCUGUUAGAGGGGUUAAGUUCUGGAAUUGUGCCUCCUAUCAGCCUAUUGAGCCUCCACCUUUCAAGCAACAACCUGGUAGGCCUAAAAAGAAUAGGGUUAGAGACAAACAUGAAACAAAGAAGACUACUGCCUCUCAUAAGUUGCAAAGACAAGGUGGGAAUGUGAAGUGUGGUAUAUGUAAAGGGUUAGGACACAACAAAAAAACUUGCAACAGAAGAAAUCAUCAAGGAGGUCCUUCUAGCAUAGAGACUGAAGGGGGUCAUUCUAACAUGGCUACAAGUCAUGGAGGACCACCACCAGCUGUCCAUACUACAAGUCAUGGAGUGCCACCACCAGCUGUCCAUACUACAAGUCAUGGAGUGCCACCACCAGCUGUCCAUACUACAAGUCAUGGAGGACCACCACUAGCUGUCCAUACUACCGGUCAUGGAGGACCACCACCAACUGCUCAAGCCAGUGUUGGAGGACCACUAACUCAAGAAUCACAGUGUUUCUCAAGGUAUUACACAGGAAAUGCCAGACAGAAAUUGAAAGUUCGCAAAGCACAGGCUAGAAAUUUUGCAAAGACAUUAGACAAACAGAAGGAGCAGCAAAAUAGUGGUGUUGGUGUGACCUACGAUCCACCAUCUGGAAGGACUUCAUUCCUUGGGUCAGUUACUGCAGCUCAAGUGGUAGAUCCUGGAAAUGCUCCAGCUGCCCAACAACACACAGAUGCAUGGUCAUUCAGAUAUUCAUUGAGACAAAGGUCACCACUAUUAGCUCCUUCACAAAGGGCAACUACAGAAGAAAGGAGGAAGAUCAACUUCAGACCAGAUGGUCAAGCCCCUGUUAAUUUGCCAUUCACACCUUCAUCUGGUAUGACAUACGGAGGAAAUCCAGCAAUAACAUUGACAGAAUUACAGCGACAAGCACGUAAGAGGAAGACCCCUAUAGACAGUGGACAAAGCAGUCAACAGCUGCCACAAUCUCAACCUAUUUUGACAAGAAGGAGGAAUGUUGAAGAAGCAACUGAAAAAACUGCAUAAGGGCUACAACAAAUGUUGUUUUGAUUAUGAUUUGCUUAGACUUUUUUUUGUUAAGGGCUGGUGAGCUCAUUUAGACACACUUAUGUGCUUUUGUUAAGGGUUGGAAUGCUCAUUUAGACACACCUGUAGCUAUUUUUCAAUGGUUUUUUUGCACAGAGCUUAUGUGCUCAUUAGCUACAGUUAUUUUGUAGAGGGCAUAUGUGCUCAGUGAGAUACACUAUAUGUUAACCUUAGUAAAUGAAAAUGGAUGUUUUUGCAAACUAUUAUGCUUGGAUUUUAAUGUUCUCUCUUUAUGUCAGUCACUUUACGUUCACUCAAUUGCAUUUUUAUUUCAUCAAACCAAUUUUAUUUCAUCAAACUAGAGCAAUUACAAUGACAAAUCCAAUUACAAUCCAUGAUAGUACUAAACCAAACUUGUACAUCUCUUUCUUCCUAUUACACACUUUGAGUUUUUCUUCUACCAUCUCCUUCUCAUCCAUUGCUCUCCUUACAUCAUCAAUUGUCCCUAUCACAUCUGAUCCACGUUCCAUAUCUAUGCGCAACCGUCUGUUAUCCCUUCUCAGCAUAAGUCUUUCAUUAUGCAAUUCAUUCAGUAACACCAUCAAUCUUUCCCCUAUUUCUGGAUCAAUCCACCUAAAGAAACCACAACCUCCUCCAACCUGCAUUUGUUCCAAUAAUUCACAUAAAGAAUGAAGACAUUAGCAGAUAGUAAGGGCACCAUUUUAACCACAAUCAAAAAAUACCUUUACUGCAUAAAAUCAGUCAUACAAUUCCAACAAAACAAUGGACUUACAUGAUAAUUAGGGCAUCCAUAGAAUCUUCUUCCUGGAUUAGUUUCUUUCCAUGAGGUGUAUAUUUUUGCAAUAUUGCAGCAAUUGCAAACAGGAGCACGAAGUCUUCUGUCGCGAUUGAAUGUGACAUCUUCUCGACUGCUAUAAACCGAUG